AUGGAGAUAUCGUCGAAAAUCGAGACCAACAGUUUUAUAAUCGAGCUUCACACGGCUGCAAAGUCUUCGAAGUUGCUUGCACCUGAUUUACAGCUUCCUCCUGCAUGGACGGUGCACCAGCAGCAACAGCAGCAGCAGCAGCAGAUAGCGUCGGCAGUACCAGCAGCAAUUCAGAGCACGGUGAAUUGUGCUGAGCUCAUGCUGGCAAGACGACGUACGAGUGAUUUGCAUGCAAGCUCACAACCCGUGGGAGGAACGGACAUAAUUUGGCAGGCUGACAAUGACGAUGAGGAGGGCUACGAUUACGACAGCGACGACGACGACGACGACGACAACGACGACGACCACGACAACGUCGACGACGACGACGAAGACGAUGACGACAGCAAGGUUCCAUUUAAUUAA